AUGCCUGCUGAUGUUCGUCCAGAGUUCCUCCCGCCACAAGCUCCACACAAUGUAACAAGCACCAUCAUCGACUUUACUGCUACAACUCCAGCGAUUCCAGAAUACAAAAGCUGUUUCGCAGCCGUCAUUGACAAUUUCAUGACCGCAGCCGAGUGCAAAGAACUUAUCGCCUUAGCUGAGCAGUCCACUCCAGACGGCAAAUGGGAACGUGCAAUGAUCAAUGUCGGCGGUGGCAAACAAGUCAUGGCCACUGACUAUCGUAACUGUGGUCGGAUCAUCCUCGAUUCUACAGAACUGGCUGAUAGAAUUUUGGGGCGACUGAUGCCCUUUUUCGAGGGUUGGGAUAUGGUCACUUUACAGAAUAAGCUUGGCGUUACGGGUCUGGCAGGCAGGAGAAACAAUUUCCAUUUAACGCGGCUAAAUGAACGACUCCGGUUUUUGAAAUACGUGGGAGGAGAGUACUUUCGUCCUCAUUGCGACGGCAAUUAUCGGACACCAGACGGGAGUGAAAUCUCAUAUUAUACGAUCCAGCUGUACCUGAGCGGCGAGGGAGAGGAGGGACAGGAUCUCGAGGAGUUUGCAAGGAGACAAAAGAAGGAGCUUAAUAGUAAGGGUAUCAAGACCGAGGACAAGGAAGGUGCCGAUGAGGAAAAACUACUUGGUGGCGCGACAAGUUUUAUGCCGUCGUGGGAGCUGGCCGACCAAGCCGUUAGGGUUUGGCCCAAGACUGGCCGGGUGUUGGUAUUUCAGCAAAACAACUUAUGGCACGGUGGAGAUUCAGUAUACGGAGGGACGAAAUAUACCGUCAGAGCAGAAGUGAUGUAUUCCAAGACUCCAGUGGCUUGA